AUGGAUAGAAUUGACAUGAGUUUGGAUGACAUCAUUAAGGACAAUAAAAAGAAGUCAAAGCAGUCAGCAAAGGGAAAUAAUGCAAAUGGCAACAACGUCAAGACCAAUAAUGGUAGUAAUUUAAAUACGAGUAAUAAAAGCAGAACAGGACCUAUCCGUGCUAGAUCAGCGGGUAAAAAGUUGACUCGACAGAAGGCCAGCCCAUAUCCGAAACCUAAAACUCUAAAGACAGGAAAUCCGAACGGUGUUUGGCGUCACGACCUUUUUUCCUCUCUUAACUCUGGUGGACAAACUAAGCGACCUGCUCAAACCAACAAUAGUCUUUCUAUUCAACAACGGUUGGGUACUGGAAAGCCUGCUGUUGGUAAUGGGGUUGCAAAUCGUUUAUCCAUCAAAGGAGUUGCCGGUGGUAAACAGACAGAAUUCUCCAUUAAGGGAGAAGGUGGUCCAGCUUCUAUUUAUGUAAACAACUUAGCUCCUGGCACAAGUGCUAAUGAUGUCAAGACUGCCUUCAUGGAAUUUGGUGAUAUUUCGACGGUGAAUAUCAAAGAUGACAAAGUUACUCGUGGGGCUGUUAGUGCCGAAUUGACUUUUGCAAGCAAGGCUUCUGCGCUUGCUGCCAUAAACAAAUAUAAUACAGCUCUUGUUGAUGGUCGAGUCUUAAAGGUUCAACUGAAACAAGCCGGUUCCAACAAUAACGUUGGUGCUGCAUCAUACCGGCUCAAAAAUAAGCCUAACAAGGCUCAAUAUUCUUCACCUACACAAAGUGGAAAACUCUAUUCUGAUCAUUUAGUAUCUGGAAAUUCAGCUGGUCAAAAAAAUCGACGUAUUUCUGGAAAAGGAAAACAACCGUCAUUUACUUCUGCUUCUUACUAA